AUGGUAAGAAACAACAUACCCUUUGAUCUUGAAGUUUCUAUUCUCUCAAAUUUACCUUUAAAAUCGUUAAAACGAUUUGCUUGUGUAUGCAAAGCAUGGGGUCUUGUAUUUGAAAAUCCAAAUUUCUUGAGUAUUUUUUCAAACAAUUUUAUAUCUCAUCAACAUUCGUAUUAUGAUGAUACACCUCUUCUCUUACUACAAAUGAUAACUGAUUUGGAUACUGGUGGUCUUGACACUCGUUAUAACUCACUGUAUUCUCUCUGUGGUGAAAGUUUUAUAAAUAAAAUCAAAUUAGAAUGGCCAAAUCCCUUCUACGAGGAGGAUUUGUUUUAUUAUAUUUUGGAAUACUGUAGUAUUGAUGGAACUCUUUGUUUGUGCAAUCACAGGGAUUCACUUUUUAGAAUUGUAUUAUGGAAUCCAACUACUAAAAAAUUAAAUGUAAUUCCCCGUAGUCCGAAUGAAUUUGUACCGUGUGAGUGGAGUUUCAUUAAAAUUCAAGGAUUUGGUUAUGACUAUAUUAGAGAUGACUAUAAAAUAAUUCGAGAAUUAUAUUUAGUUCCGCCUAGAAAUGAUUCACAUGAUGAUGAAGAUAUAUAUAGAAAACGUAUGUGGGAAAUAUAUAGCUUAAGAAGUAAUUCUUGGAGAACACUUCAUAUAGACAUGCCUUUUAGUUAUUCUGGAAGUGCUUAUUUUCCACCUGGAGAACGGAUAUACAUAUAUAAAACGUGUCAUUGGUUAGGUUCAAGUGAUACAAAUCCUAAUGGUCCAUGCUUGGUUUCAUUUAACUUAAGUGAUGAGAUAUUCAUUACAACACUUAUACCCUUUUUCAAAGAUGCUAAACUUCCGGAUAACUAUUUUAGCAUACAUUUAGUAUUGUUAAAUGGAUCAAUUGCUACAGUUUCAUGGUAUCAUGGUUCUCCUACUUUCCAUAUAUCGGUAUUGGGAAAACUCGGUGUCACAGAGUCAUGGAUAAAACUCUUUAUAAUUGGACCAUUGUUAGGAGUUGAUCAUCCUAUUGGAGUCGGCAAGGAAGGUAAUAUAUUCUUUAGAAAACAAGAUGGCGAAUUAAUUUUAUUUGAUUUAAGAACACAAAUGAUUAGAGAGCUUGCAAUAAAUGGAUGGCAUUUUAGUCAAGUAGUAACUUAUAAGGAAAGCUUUAUUCCAAUUGGAGGAAUCAAUUUGUAA